AUGGGUUUAUAUUUGGCAUUGUUUAUCCUUAUCACAGGAAAUGGGUUUGCGAAUGCAAAACGGAUCGUGGGAGGCGAAGAGACCACCAUAGAAAAAUACCCAAGCCUGGUCCAAGUGGAAAUGUACACAUCAUGGGCUGAAGGCCAGCAUUCUCAAAACCCAGUGGAUUAUGUCUGCCGCUCAUUGCUUCCAUGGAUGGUUAGUCUUUUUGGUUUCAACGGAAAUUGCGUACGUGUGCAACUGCAAGCAUAUGUAGUCACUGGCUGA